AUCAAUAAAUACAUAUAAUAUUUUGUGCGUUUAUUAUUUUUGUGUGCUAAUUUACAAAAACAAAAAAAAAAGCAAAAUACAAUAUUUAUAUUAUAUUAUAAUUAUUUAAUUUAAUAAAAAUAAGAAAAAAAAAAUCAAUCAAAAUGUUUAAUUUAAAUAUACCGGCUGCAUCAUUACUUAGUGUUGAUGGUAAUGGAUUAUGUUCAACACCAAAAACACCAGAAAUUGUUAAUACAUUAAUAGCAAUGCAAAGUCCAUUAGAUAAUUAUACAUUUACAACAAUAAAUGUAACAUCACCAGUUAAUGGUACUAUUAUAAAUAACGGUAAUAUAAAUAAUAAUAACAAUAAUAAUAAUAAUCAAAAUAAUAAUAAUAAUGAAAUAGGAACUGGUAUUGUUGGUACAAUUCAACAAAAUUAUAAAACAACUAAUGGAAGUGCUAAUCAACAGUUCAUAUCUCAAGAUAGUAGUCAUUCCAGUUGUUCGGGAUCACCUCUUGAUUCACCAGCAGGAACAUCAACGACACCUAGUGUUCAACAAACAUGUUCUCAAUUGAUAAAAGCUGGUCUUAAAUUAUCAAUUCAAAGUAAACGUAAAAUGUCUAGUGGAGAUUCAAGUUCUGGUAAUGAACAACCAUCACGUAAAUAUUCUCGAAAAUCAUCAAAUGCAAAUUCAGUUGCCACAAAUAAUAAUAAUAACAACAAUAAUAAUAAUAAUAAUAACAAUGCAAAUAUAAUUAAUAAUAAUAUUAAUAAUAAUAAUAAUAAUGUUAUUGAUAAUAAUACUAUAAAUUGUAUUAAUAAUCACCAACAAAUUCAACAACAACAACAACAGCAACAACAAACAUAUUGUAAUGGUGGUUCAUCAAUAUAUUCAAAUGAUAAUGGAACAAAUGGUGAAACAAGUGAAGAUGAUUGCCAAUUUGAUCAAAAACCACAAACAAAUUCUCAUUUAAUAUCAACUGGUUUAACACCAGAAGAUGAAGAUAGACGAAGAAGACGUCGUGAACGUAAUAAAAUUGCAGCAACAAAAUGCCGUAUGAAGAAACGUGAACGUACAUUUAAUUUAAUAUCAGAAUCGGAAACAUUAGAAAAACAAAAUAUUGAUUUAAAAUCUCAAGUUCAAAGUUUAGAAAUAGAAAGAAGAAGAAUAUUUGAAAUGUUACAAAUUCAUAGUUGCCUUCAUCCAAAUGGAUAUCAACCACCGAAUAAAUUUUUACAAUCACCAGCUUAUAAAUAUUUAAAAGCAUUAGGUUUAUCUAAUGAUGAUGAUAUAAAUAAUUCAAUUGAACAACAAACAACACGUACAGUUAUUCCAUCUGUUGAUACAAUUAAAUAUUCAAGAAUAAAUGGUUUAAGACAACAGCAACAACAACAUCAACCGAUUUUAAAUCAAACUCACCCAACUCAUUUAGAUAUGCUACCAAAUGGAUAUUGUAAAGCAUCACCAACAACAGCUGAACUUGGUUAUUUAAAUUCACCAACACAAGAUGUAACAAGCACCUGCCAUUUACAACAAAUUUUAACAAAUACAAAUAUAACAAAUGUAGUAACACCAACAGCAACAUCACCUCUUACAAAUGGAUGUCUAACACAACAGCAACAACAACAACAACAACAGCAAUCACAACAACAACAAAUUCAAACAACCCAAUUAGGAACAUUAUUAAAAACUGAUUCACCAUAUAACAUUCCAACAACCCAGAGUCCAGUUGGUACAACAACAAUAUCAACAACACGUGAUAAUAUUAUUAAUGAUGAUACACCAACUGUUGAUAGUACAACAGCUGAUUUUGUAUUAAAAAGUGAAUAUGCUGAUAGCCCAUAUACAACUGAUAAAAGUGCUGAAAGAUUUUUAUGUGAAACAAAUUUUGAUACAACAUUUGAUAUUAAACAUAGUAAUAAUUUAAAUAAUAAUAAUAAUUUAAAUAGUCAUAAUAAUAAUCAUAGUACAUUGGAUUUUAAUGCCCAAUUAAAUUGUUCAAAUAGUUAUGAUAAUAUAUUAAAUAUUAAAAAUGAUUUUUUGACACAUGAAGAAUUAUUAACAGAAAUGUGCGGUGAUGGUCCAGAUUCUGAAUUUACUGAUUUAGAUACAGGUAUUUCAUAUGUUCAUAAUAUAACAAAUGGAGGUUGUCUUGCGUGAAAUUUAUUGAAAAAUACAAAUAUAUAUAUAGAAUAUGAUAAUAAUUAUUUAAUAAAUGAAUAUUAAUAUAUUUAUAUACAUACAUAUAAAUGCAUGCAAGUAAAUAUACAUACUUAUAUACAUAAGUAUAUAAUAAUUUGAUAUCGAAAUUUUAGUACUGUAUUACAAAUACAUGGUUCGGCUUACGAUAAUUCAUGAAUUACAUUAGAAUCAAAUACGAUUUCGAUAUCUCUUAUAAUUUUGUAUACA